GUGUUUCUUCAGAGAGAACAGAGAGCUGGGGUUUGGAGCUAGCUUUCUUUUCAUAAUAUAUCAAUUGCAAAAAUUUAGACAAAUGGGAAGAAUAAUUCCAUCACUGACAGUGCUUUUACUGGUGUUUAUGACUUUGAAAGCUUUUGAAAUUGAGAUUACACCUGAAUACAAUGUUGCUGCUCAGAUUGGAGAUACACUUGAGCUGACCUGUAGUACUAUUGGCUGUGAAUCCCCAAGUUUCUCUUGGAGAAGCCAGUUGGACAAGCCCCUAGAUGGGUCAGUGAACAGCAAGGGGAGCCGCUCCAUCUUAACUAUGGAUCCUGUUGGCUUUGGGAAUGACAAUGAGUAUCUCUGCAGUGCAUUUUGUGACCAUGUGAAAAAAGAAAAAAGCAUCAAGGUUGAUGUUUACUCUUUUCCCAGUGAUCCAGUCAUUGAGAUUAGCACACCCCUGAAUGUUGGGGAAAAAGCCAAUAUCACCUGUAUGGUUCCCAAAGUGUAUCCUUUUGAGCGUUUGAAGAUGCAGCUGGAGAAAGAUGGAUCUGUUCUUGGCAUGAAAGAGUUUUAUCAUGAAGAACACACCAAAACCACAGAGACAAAAUGUCUGACAUUGACUUUUAUCCCCACCUUUGAAGACACUGGGAAAGCAAUUACUUGUGUGGCUGAAUUACCGAUUGAUGAAAUGGAAUUUGAACCCAAGAAAAGACAGACUUCGCAGAGAUUGAGUGUAAACUAUGGACCAAGAAAUACGACAGUCUCUGUCACUCCCUCCACCACAGUGAAAGAAGGGGGAGCUGUGACAAUGACAUGUACCAGCUAUGGUAAUCCAGCUCCAAAGAUCUUCUGGACAAAGCAUUUGAUCAGUGGAGUGUCACAGUUUCUUUCUGAAAAUGCAACUUUAACUAUAAAUAGUGUAAAGGCUGAAGACUUGGGGCUUUAUGAGUGUGAAGGAGUUAACCAGUUUGGAAGAGAGAAAAAAACUGUGGACUUAAUUGUUCAAGUUCCUCCCCAGAAUACUCCAGAGUUAAUAUCUCCAUCAGACAAUGUUGAUGAAGGGGAAAAUAUCACUAUUAUGAGUACAACUUCUAGUAAUUCACCUCCACAGACAGUCCCGCAAAAGAUCCAUCCGAGCAGUACAACCAUCCUCUCGUCACAGAAUGACACCUCUACACUCAAUAGAGUCAUCAAAAAUUACACAGGCAUAUACCUGGCUGCUUACAAUGAGACUGGAAAUAACACUGAUGUGAUUGAGAUAACUGUUGUAGAAAUCGUGGAAGAAAGAGAUUAUGUGAUUCCUCUGAUUGUUGUGCUCUCUUGUUUAUCACCAAUGGCAAUCCCUGUGCUUGCAAUAUUGGUUUAUAUGUCAAGGAAAGCAAAGAUAAAUGGAUCUUACAGUCCUGUAAAUGCACCAAAACCAAAUGUUUAAGCAAGUGACUAACCUUCUUCAUUCCAUGACAUUAUAUGACAUGCAAUAUUAUAUGACUUUUUGUAACAUUGUCAUGAAAAACAUGAAAAAAUGGUCUGUUCCAUGAUAAAUACGACAGCCUUUACAUUAAAGGAACAAAUAAGACACUGCCUUAGAAAUAGGUGAAUUGCUUCCCUAUUGAAGCAUGCUCAACAAGAAGAGUUCUUUGAAGUGCUAAGUUUGUAGAUAGUAUCCCAUGUCUUGUAUAUAUGUAUUAUAAACACAUUCAAGUGAACACCAGUUUGGAAAUUCCAAUAUCCUAUUGCAGCAGUACAUAGAAAUGUUGUUUCCUGAGAUAUAAAUCAACACUAUUUGAACCGAUUAGACUAUUUUUGGCAUUAUUUAAUAGUGAGUGUUUUAAAUAUAAUUGGUGUAAAUGUUUGUUGGUGGUACUUUCCUACUGCAUGUAAUGUGUUCCAGGUCCUCCUCUGAUUUAUGCCAACAUAACUCCAUUGUCUCCAGUAAAACUACAUGGUAUAAAUGAGAAGAGAAUUUGGCCUUUUGUUUCUAAUGAAUUGUCUCAAAUGUAAAUCCUUCAGAGUCAAUUAAAAACUUUUUAACUUUUGUUUAAUAAAUGUGCCAAAGCUUUUGAUACGCAUGUAACAGUUAUAAAUGUAAUUCAGCAAGUAUCUGUUUGGGGUUAAGGUAUAAUCUACUGUAGCAUGUGAGAUGUACAAUGGUAUGGUAUUUAUUUGGGGUCUUGUCACUUUAAAGUAUAUAACAAGAUUUUCGUUGACUUCACUGUGAGCAGGCCCAUAAUUUAGAAGUUAACUCUAAACAGACAUUUUUUAUAGACUUUCACACUAAAAUAAAUCCACCUUUGGGUAUUGCUGUUAAUCAUAAAUGGUAACAAGGCUCCAAUACACAUAUUCAACUUUUAUUGAAUAGACAAAGAAUUUGUUAGACUCAUCGUAAAAAAAUUGACAACAUAUUUAGAUGAAGUUUCUAAAUAUUUCACUGUCUCCUAUUCUUGGUACUGUAUUUUUGUUCAUAGAAAUGUUUAUUCAGUUGAAAUUCCCAACCAGUGCCCAUGUAAUAGUGAAAUGGAACAUGUAUGUUUGCUAUAUUCCCACUUGUUAAUUCUUAUUUCUUUGAAAAGCAUAAUGGUCAAAACGCUGAAACUAGGUGGUGUAUUUAUUUGUUUUGCUU